UCUCCCAUAAUGCAAUGUGGCGUGAAGGCGCCUUUCGUGCAGGACGAGCGGCCUAAUGUAGAGUAGAAACACUGACUAACUUACUUUAUUUAAGGUUUUCUCCCUGCGUACUGUUACUUUCCAGUGGUGUAGGAUUUACAGUGAGUGUAUAGUGAGGACCAUGGCUCCGUUCGGGCUAAUAUCGGUGGGUAAUGCUCUGGUUCGGAGUCUGGGGCUGUUCUCCUCUGCAGCCACUUUAAGGUGCUCCAGCAUUGCUCCAGCGUUAAAGCUGUUCUGCACCUCCGCCGAGAGUCGUCCAAAAUCGCCGAUCAGUGCAUACUCGUACUAUAUGAAGGCUCAGUUUGGUGAUUUCAAGAGACAAUAUCCAGGUACCACACAGGUGGAUAUUGUCAAAAAGAUCGCGCAGCAGUGGAACAUACUAACUCCAGAGCAGAAGCGUCCGUUUGAAGAGUUGUCCUCAGCCUCUAAAGAGCAGUACAAGGUUAAUCUGAAGAACUACAUGGAGCAGCUGACCCCUGCCCAGGCUAAAGCUCUAGAAGAGAAGAAAAGACAGAAGACAGCAAAAAGAAAUUCCAUCCGGAAGAAGAGGGAACAGAACAGUCUCGGGAAGCCAAAGGGUUGCAGGACAGCCUUCAAUAUUUUCAUGGCAGAGCACUUUGAGGAAGCAAAAGGAAAUACUUUGCCGGACAAAAUGAGAAAUCUGCAGGAAACAUGGAAAAGUUUUGACGCAUCACAGAAACAGGUGUAUGUACAGCUAGCGGAGGACGACAAAGUUCGUUACAAAAACGAGAUAAAGGUGUGGGAGGAGCACAUGUCUGAACUGGGGAAGGAGCAUCUCAUUCGGAAGAAGGUACAGAAGAAGACAGCGGUGAAAAAGGAUAGCAAAAAGAAGGCCAAAGUAAAGAAAAGCACAGCGAAAGGAAGAACUGCGAAAGGAAGCACAGCGAAAGGAAGAACUGCGAAAGGGAGCACAGCAAAAGGGAGCACAGAAAAAGGAAGCACAGUAAAAGAAAGUACGGCAAAAGAAAGUACAGUGAAAGGAAAGGCCGGCCGUCCUGCUGCUAAACGAGCUUAAGACCGAGAAGAUAUAGUUUAUAAAAGGCAAGCUCCGUCCUGAAUAAAACUGCGUGUUUUUGAAGGGAGACUUUUCUGUAUGUGCUGCUUAGCUGUAGCAUACAUAAGAUGAAGCGACUCAAACUGUGACUGAACGUUAACGGCCAGUUGGUUGGUCAAGAAUUUGCAUAAACACCUGCUCCACAUGCAGUGUGCAAGUCCAGCUGUGUUUAUACUGACUACUACAUUUCCACUCAUCGUGAAGACCCCAUAUAUCAAACUGCAGUGUUUGUUUUCAUACCAGAUUUAACCUUCAUUUUGCUUCAUAGAUUAGCGCUUGUGUAUUGUGCUCAACAAUAGAGGAGGCCUGUUUUGUAUCAUAUCUUCAUUACUCAAUAAAUACAUUUUCUACAAAA